UACAUGAGGAAAAUCUCUUCUCUUGUGCAAAUUUCGCUUGUUAUCUUUAAACAAUUUACAAAAAUUAAUCUUUACCAGAAAUUGUGUAAAAAUGAGUGAAACAAGUGAACAAACAGGAGUGUCUCGGGCAAGAGUUGUUUUAUCUCAAGUGCUAGCAUGUUUGGCCCUGGACAUUCUGCUGGUGGGGCUUGGCUUGUCUAUCAGCUUCGUCACCAUGGUGCUGCCAGACGUCUUGGACGCCAAGGAGGGGAUCUCCCUCACCAAGAAACAGGCCUCGUGGUUUGGUAGUAUGGCGUUUCUCUGUCAACCCUUGGGAAGCCUUUUGUCCGGUCCACUGUUGGACUAUGUAGGACGUAAGAAGGCGCUCUUCAUCGUGAACAUCCCGCACGUGGUGGCUUGGCUGCUCAUGUAUUACGCAUGGAACGUGCCUUCCUUGUUUAUAGGAAAUGCACUUUUGGGCAUCGGUACAGGCAUCAUGGAAGCACCCUCUGUAACCUAUGUGGGGGAAAUCUGCGAUCCAGCGCUCCGAGGUAUCCUGACGACGCUAACCAACUGUUUUACGUCGACGGGGAUGUUCUUGGCUUACCUCCUUGGAACAGUUCUGCCUUGGCGCCAAGCCGCACUCGUGUCGCUUGCCAUACCGCUCACCACUAUGGUUCUAGUGUUAUUUGUUCCUGAGACUCCAAUAUGGCUACUGUCGAAGGGACGCUCAAAAGAGGCUCUACAUUCACUCUGCCGCCUCCGAGGCUGGGCUAAACCAGAAGAUGUAAAAGCUGAAUUUGACGAACUGGAGCAGUAUAAUGAUAUUAUCCAGCAAUGUGCCAUUUGCGUCAAACAAGGCAAAACACAUAUGCACCCAUGCGAGCAUACACAUACAUACAUAAACGCUAACAUGUUCAGGAGGAUGGCAUUGAACAUCAAAAAUGUGCUAUUGGUAAAGGAAACCAUGAGACCCUUUACUCUUGUAAUGUCGUAUUUCCUUUUCCACACUAUGAGUGGUCUCAUACCAGUAAGGCCAAACAUGGUGAACGUGUGCAAGGCGCUGGGAAUGAAGUACGAUCCUAAAGCUAUAGUGGUAAUCGUUGGAGUGGUAUUCAUAAUAAUGAACCUUGUAUCAGCGUUGAUCGUAAAGUUGGUUGGCAAAAGAAAACUUGUGUUAGGCUCGCUCUUGGGAACAGCAUUUUGCAGUCUCGCGAUAAGUUUAUACGCUCGACUGAACCUCUCACCAGAAGUCUUUUCUUAUGACGCAUUAACGUUUCCUGUGAAGAGUGAAUUUUUGCCCGUUGCUCUAUUUAUACUUCUCGUUUGCUUUAACAGUCUUGGCAUUCCUUGGAUUUUGCUCUCCGAAGUUUUCCCCUUCAGAAGUCGAGGUAUUGCAACUGGUUUGGCGGCGGCAUUCACCUACGUGAUCUUCUUUAUCGCAUCGAAGACCAACUAUAACCUUGAAGCGCACUUCCAUUUAAGCGGAACGUUUGCUUUAUAUGCAACAUUCGGCAUCGUCGGCACUUGUUAUCUAUACUUUUUCUUACCAGAGACCGAAAAGAAGUCUUUGGUUGAAAUCGAGUCCUUCUAUAAAGGCAAACGCAAGAUAUUUGCAGACGACUUUUUUAUUAACGCCUUUAGGAAAAAUAGGAGCAGAAGCAAUGAAACCAACAAACCUAUGCUAGUUACUUAAAUUUCUUUCCCAUGUAUUAAUUGUAUAAUAUUUUCCUUCAGUGAUUAACUUUGUGUUUUCUAUAAAAAUUUUCACAAAUCUGAAUAUAAUUUUUCUAAUAUGAAGACAUUAGGUUAGUUUUCUGUCCUUUGUUGUAUUUCCAUUCUACCUACUUGUACAUAACGGAAAUAAUAACUAGUUACUUGGUUGCUAACCUACCCAACUAUAAAAACUAUAUUCAUAGCAAAUAGAAUAAAAUGUGUUUAAUCAUAGAUUAAUAUUAUGUUAGUUGUAUAUUGAUACAAGAAUUACACACUGUCACAAAUUAUUCACGUAUGCUCUAAUCCACUUAAAAAGAAAUAUCUUGGAACCCUUGCGUUUUCAUUAAAAUUACUUUCUUAUCAAAAAAUCGCUAGAAUGCGAAUCGACGUGAUUAUUAUUCAAGUCUUGUAGAAUUCUAUGAAAAUCUCUUGUUUCACCACGCACUGUAGUUACGUAUGGGGUCAAACAUGGGGGCCCAUUACAUUUACGAUCUUGUCUAGACUUAAUUUUUCCUUUUGUAAUACUGGUAGUGGGAUCAGUGACGGUAUUUGCUUC